UCAGUGCAUGCGAGCGCUGUUGACUUGCGGCAGAUAUGAUGAGUUGUGCAUGCAAGUGCAACUGAGCUGGUCCUCUUCACGGAUCAGUCCGUAUCGUCCCAAAGAAACAGAAAACGAAGAGCGUUGACUACUGCCGUGCUGGAUGUGUGCAGCGCAGUACGUGUCUAGACACAAUGAUCGUGCCGUGGAAAUAGUCGCUCGAGCUCGUCAGCCAGCACUGUCGCUAGCAUGCAACAGUUAGGUGCACGGGAAGCCUGGCAUCCCUGAGAGUGAGAGUUGAUCGGUGUGGCCGUCAGCCUACGGUUCGGGUCAGCUCGUAGUCGCAUCACACUGAGCAUCGAAAUAGUGUUGUUGGUACCUGGACUGCAAGCAACAUGAGCAAGCGAAAGUUAGAUAAGUCUGCAUCUGUGGCGCAACCAUCAGUGGUGCUGGAGCGCCCGCCGACACCAGAGCCCGACGUGGUCGAUGGGAAACUACCAAUGAAAGACUGGGAGAAAGUUGUGGAAGAUAUCAACGAUGGCAGCUCCCUGGCAGCCAAGGUGGUCCGUGAAGCGGUUGAUGGGGCAUACAGCAUCAUGCAUGAUGAGUACAUUGAAAGCGAGCUUGUACCAUUCUGUGUCACACUGGCGCGGCGGGCUAUGAACCGGCUGCUCAAGUGCCAGCCGAUUGAAGUGGACCCCGGUGACCAGGACAUUGCUGAAGACGUGUACACUGCGGGAGACGAGCCUGAACCACCUUAUCUAGACAACUUCUUCCGUGGUGUCGCCGUUCCGGAUCCUACGCAGUCGAACAAGGCCGCGAUAGUGCAGCCACAGGUGGUACGCGAGAGUGACACCAGUGCCAAGUUGGGUGUUGUAGCAAAGGCGGAAGAUGGUGUGACUAGCCAUCCUAUUGUCCUGUCCCGUGAUGCCGCCAGCCUUGGCUCGCACACCGAAAAGAUUCUCCUACGACUUCGCCAGCAGUCCCUAAGAGGCGUUGAUGCGGCAGCUGCUGCCAAGCCCAGUGGCAAAGAUAAAGACACAGCCGGCCCGCCGGCCACCAAAAUCACUUCCUCGACUUUACUUGAUGAGCUGAGCGGCACGGCGCUGUCAGGCGCAGCCGGCGAGGAGUAUCUGAAGCGACUCUGCGCAACGUUUGAAGGCCUGCAGCAAACACCCCGUGAGUCGGAAGGUGAACAGGCGCAGGCCACUACGCGUGAUCUAGAGCGCAGCCAGUAUCAACAAGUGCACAGCCGACUAAGGAACACGUCGGAAAUGCCUCCCCCUUCCAGGAUGCGCCCUGACCCGCACGCACCACUUCUGGCCGAACGCGAGGUGAUGGCGCGAGUCAGCAGGCUAGACCAAGCCAUGCUUGAAGCCAGGGAACGUCGAUCUAGACAACUGGAGGAUGACAUGCAUGGCUGUAUGUUGGAUGCAUCAGGCCCGCAGUUCCCACCGCCGCCGCUGAGACGACAGGCCGACUUCACAGACACGCAUCGGCGACUACAGAGAGACAGACUGGAUAGGGCUGCACGAGAACAUGAAAGAGAGCAACAACGCGAUGCGGCAAUGGAAUCCUUCCGCAGCUACCGUGCAAGAUGCCACGAGGAGAGGGAUCAGCAGUUGCGUGACAGCAUGGCAAGGACCACCUCAGCCAGCAGCCACGCGAUGGCUGCAACAAGCCAGCUGCCACCCGGACUUACCGAAGCGCAGGCACAAGCGCUGGGCCUGGACACGCGCGGUAGAAGUAAAAUGCACGACAUAUCCGUCAACGGUCGCGUCCAGAGGCCAAUUCUGACGACUGAUCGCUCAUGACAGACUGUUCAUCACCUAGCACACAGUAGAAUCAAACUUGAGUGCAUUAUGAAUAACGUUAGUUUGUACAAGACUUAGUGUUGGUUCCCAUAUGUACACAUCGGCAGUGUCUAAGCCACACUUCUAUUCCCGAUGAUCAGUGAGAAAGAUCUAUCAUGAGAUUUGCUCCACUCGAAAGGAGCUCCAAACAAGCUUGAAUCAGCCUGCAGCUUGUCUGCUAUCAUCAUUACCGUGCCUGGUCUAGUAGCCUAUCUAUUUGCGCAUGUGAGAUCUCUAGUCUAGCUGCUCUGGCCACUGCCACCACAUACACAGUACUCUUCGGCUCCACUCUCCGGCUCCACUCUUCAGCUGUGGAGCAGCAGGGUGUUAUUUGUUUUUGUCAAACGGUCGCCUAUCUGGAUGCCAAUCACGACAGCCAUGGAGUGUGGGCAGUACGUGGAUAACAAAAUCAGAAUCAAAAUAAUGCCAGACCAGUCCCUGCGGCCUGGGACAGCACAACCAGGCCCCAUAUCCAGUGUUGUUAUGCUACGGGCUUCCGGGCUCUUCACGAACUAUUGCCUAUCUUAUAUGACUUUUUGUUUGCAGUUCAUGUAUUUGAGACAAUAAUCCCUGAACCAGCGAUGUCGGCGCUCACA